AUCCCUCCUUGUUACCAGCACUGCAGCCCCGCUCUUCGAGGUGUUAGGUUGGUGUCUGUUUGUGUCAGUAAACAAAUAUUAACUUGGUGUUUUAUCAAACCUUCAGAUGCGACAACUCACAAUGCAGGCCUGGAUUCCUCCGCUUCUGCUUCUCGUGAGCUUUCAUGGCGCCUCGGCAAUGAUUCACUCUCUGAAGUAUUUCUACACUGGGUCUACUGGAGUCCCAAACUUCCCGCAGUAUGUGUCAGUUGGGUUGGUUGAUGAAGCUCAGAUAAGUCACUGUGACAGCAAGUCCAACAGAAAUGUCCCCAAACAGGACUGGAUGAGCAAAGUCACAGCAGAUGAGCCUCAGUACUGGCAGAGACAGACUGAGAUCUGUAUGGGUCACCAGCAGGUCUUCAAAGCCAACAUUGAGAUUUUAAAGCCACGCUUCAACCAAACUGGAGGUGUCCACAUUAACCAGAGGAUGUAUGGCUGUGAUUGGGACGAUGAGACUGGAAACAUCAAUGGUUAUUUUCAAGAUGGUUAUGAUGGAGAAGACUGGAUAUCAUUUGACCUGAAGACAGAGACAUGGAUCGCUCCAAAACAACAGGCUGUCAUCACCAAACACAAGUGGGACAAUGAUAAAGCUAAUAUAGCACAGCAGAAACACUACCUCACUCAGAUUUGUCCUGAGUGGCUGAAGAAGUAUGUGGACUAUGGGAGGAGCUCUCUGCUGAGAAAAGACAUUCCCUCAGUGUCUCUCCUCCAGAAGUCUCCCUCCUCUCCAGUCAGCUGCCACGCUACAGGUUUCUACCCAAACAGAGCCAUGAUGUUCUGGAGGAAAGAUGGAGAGGAGCUUCAUGAGAACGUGGACCACGGAGAGAUCCUCCACAACCAUGAUGGAUCCUUCCAGAUGAGCAGUGACCUGGACGUUUCAUCAGUCCCGUCUGAAGACUGGGAGAAGUAUGAGUGUGUGUUUCAGCUCUCUGGUGUGAAGGACAUCGUCACCAAACUGGACAAAGCAGUGAUCAGGACCAACAGAGAGAAGCCCACUGACAUGACCGUCCCCAUCAUUGCUGCAGUUGUUGUUCUCGCUCUCGUCCUCAUCGCUUUGAUCGGAUUCGUCAUUUACAAAAAGAAGAAUGCCAAACGCCCUCCAUCUCCUAUAAACAACCCUGAGGUCACGGAGGAACUGAAUCCAAAGGCAUAAAUGGCAAACACACCAUCCUGCACACAGUGAGUUUCUUCAUAUGGGACUUGAACUGUUCACACCUGUUAAACAAAGUG